AUGGCACCAGAGAUCGGAAGUCUCAGAGCUCUUGCCAACGGGGAAAGCCAGUUUGUUGGCAGUUCUUCAGGUGUCUUCUUCAUCAACACCGUUCGAAGGGCCUUCUCAACAGCCGAAGGCCUCGAGGCAGACGAUGGACGUCAUGCUGCCGGAGCCGAUACCCACGAUGAUCCAUCUCCCGAAGAUUGCAUCGUGGGCGACAUCGACCGAAAUGACCCGGAGUCUUCGGGGGAGAGGCCAGGUUGCAGCAGCGCUAGUCGAGCGAACUAUGAGUCGGAUGCUGAGAGCUCACCGAUGCCAUCAGGGAUGGAUAUCAUGACUGAUAUGAGCUCAUUGCCUGACUACACGAUUGCUCGGGGUCUCUUUCUUACAUACUUCCGAAUAUGGCAUCCUUUGGUUCCCUUUCUACAAGGGCCAGAGUGUCUAGCAGAUUUGGAAAAUCUCUACGCAACCGACUUCAACCGGCGCAGUUCAAGAUCGCUCUGCCAAUUUGUCAUCUUCAAGUGCAUCUUGAACAUUGCUAAGCUUGACACAGAUGGGCCGCUCGACCUGGGGUCAGCAGCUAUACGUUCACCUUCAGACCUCUUACCAACUCUUAGCAUACUAGCCCUUCGUUGCGACACAAUCUCUAUCCAAGCGCUGCUAGCAUCUCAAGUUUAUUUCGUUUCUACCAUGGCGCUACGCCAUGCGUCGUCUGUCAGUGGCUUGCUGUCCAAGUCAAUCUUUCAAUCUGGCAUGCAUAGAUGCCCAGUACGAUACGACCAUCUGUCUCCGGAUGAGCGCUCAAUGCGUAAGCGCACCUUCUGGAGCUUUUACGUUCUCGACCGUUUCAUCAGCCAGUCACUGGGGCACCCGAAUGUGUCACAAAAAGCGGGCCCACUUUUUGUAAUAGUUAUGAGCCCAGCUCUUAGUUAA